AUGAGAGAUUUCUCGAAGUGCAAUAAGUUUGCUGGUAUAGCCAUCGGCCAAGUCUCAAAUUCGGAACAAGAUCAAGCCUUAAUCGUCGCUGAAAAACACGUUGCGUACCACAGAUCCGACUCUUACCUGGGCAAUCAAAUAAAAACUCAAUCUUUGGCUAUGCAUCCACGACUACAGGAAAGUUUUGCCAACGUGAGACUCUUAUUCUUUUGA